AUGGUCAAAGAGAUAAAUGAAAAUGAAAUAACAGAUCUUGAUAAUAAGAAUGGAGAGCAGGUGUAUGAUAAAUGCCGGAGGUAUGCAGUGGAUUGGGAUAUAAUUUUGCAAGAGGGCAACCUUGAAUCUUUUGUACCAAACGGAUCAUUAUCAACUCAGGAAUGUGACAAAGGAUGGGAAUAUAACAAAACAAAUGUAGAGUCUUCAAUUGUGAUUGAUUACGAUUUAGUCUGUGAAAAGGAUAUUUAUCCUACUUUAGGCUUAGUAGCACUCAACAUUGGUGGUCCGAUUGGAGUAUAUUUUUUUGGAAUGCUUAAUGACAGAUAUGGACGGCGUUUUUCAUACUUCUCGUGUUUGGGAACAUUAUUAAUUGGAAGCUUUAUCACAGCUUUUAGUACAAGCUUCAGUGUGUGGGCGUUUAGUCGAAUUAUCGUUGGACUUACUAUACCAGCUGUUUAUCAAAUUCCAUUCAUAAUCGCAUUAGAACUUGUUGGACCAAAUUAUCGUUCAUUUGUAACAGUUAUGACUUGCACAUUUUAUACAUUUGGUCUGAUGGGCCUUGCAUUGGUUACUGUGUUCGUUAAAGACUGGUUCAUUCUUAGUCUCGUAACAUCUGUUCCAUUCCUGUUAUAUUUUUUAUACAUUUUUAUCAUGCCGGAAAGUCCAAGAUGGCUCCUUGCCAAAGGUAAAUUAGAAGAUGCACUAAAGAUACUUGAAACAAUGGCACGAAUAAAUGGAAAAGAAUUUCCUGAAACCUUUCAUAGCAAAUUAGAAGAACGUGUUUUGCAAGAGAAAAAAAGAAAAAUUAAAAGAAAAGACCGCAAUGUUGGAGCAUUAGAUUUAUGCAAAACUCCAAAUAUGCGUAUGAAAACUUUUCUCAUCACUCUAAAUUGGUUUGCGAAUGAGACAGUUUAUUUGGGAUUGAGCUAUUAUGGGCCAUCAUUAGGAAGUAAUCCACCAUUGAGCUUCUUUCUGUCAUCACUGGUUGAAUUGCCGAGUUAUGCUUUAUGUUGGUUUGUUAUGGACCGUUAUGGUAGACGAUGGCCAAUGUGCUUACUUAUGAUUCUUGGUGGUAUUAGCUGCGUAAUAACAGUAUUAUUACCUGAAGAUGCUGAAAUGGGAACCCUUAUAUUGUAUCUUAUUUCUAAGUCAAUGAUUUGUGGAUCUUUUUUGAUAAUUUAUCCGUUUGCGGGUGAACUGUAUCCAACGCAGGCUCGAGGCGUCGGUAUUGGUUUCUCAAGCUAUGUUGGUGGUCUGGGACUUAUCAUAAUACCAUUUAUUACAUAUCUUGGAAAAGAAAAUCUACGAUUACCAUUAUUCAUAAUGGGAUGGCUUGUUACAGCUGGUGGAUUUACUGGAUUAAGGUUACCAGAAACUCUUAAUUCACGAUUACCACAAACAAUUGAAGAAGGUGAAGAAUUUGGAAAGAAUUGGAAUUAUAAUGAUUGUAUGAGAUGCACUCCAAUUGAAAUCACGCUUGAGUCAGCAUCUGGUUCUUACGAAAAUUUAGCAGCAAAAGAUGAUAUUGAAUUAAGUCAGGUGAUAUCAUUUAAGACAUCAACAAUCGAUGAAAAGACGCCCCUUGAAGCAAGACGUAUAGAAAGACGUCAAACAAUGAAGAAACUUGUGAGACAACCAAGUGUUAUGGAUACACAAAAAACUGGAGAACUUGGAUCAAUGCAACUUACUUAUUGGUUUUAAGACAACUGUCGAUAAUAUUUUGAUAUUUUGUACAAACACUAUUUUAUUUUUACAAGCUACUAUUAUUCUCCCCAAAGCCUUGAGAAUAAUACAUGUUUGUUGUAAAAGGCUCAAAAGAGAUAAAACUAUGUAAUUCGAAACUUGUUUUUUAUACAAAAUUAAUAUAAGGGAAAUUCUUUGGAUGAGUAGAAUUUCUGAAAAAUGAGCUUUCAUAAUCCAGAGUCAAUUACACUUAAGGUGCAAAACUGUUUUCUCAAAAAUCUCUUCAGUUUUUAUGUUUUGAAUGCUUAAUUCAAUUUUAAUGGAGCCACUAUAUUUAUUUGAUUGUAAUCAAAAGUGGCCAAACACACUAAUUAAACCAAUAAAAUGAGAACCGACAGUAAAAAAUUUUAGAAAAAAAUCGAUUCUCUAAUGAAAAAUUCCAAAAACUCAUCCAAAAAAAUUCCUAUAAAUAGUUGUAAUCUGGCAAGUGUUUACAUUUUAACUCAGUGGUUUUCAAUCUGUUUGACGCGGCACACUAGUGUUCCGUGAAAAAUUGUCAUGUGGACAAAUGAAAAAAUGAAAACAAAAAUCGACUUUAUACAUUCAUAGUUUUUGACUUGAAAAAUAACAAAAGUCCUUGUAUUUUAUCGAGUGACUUCAGCUGAUAAUUUAUGCC